CAACAAUUACAACAUAUUACAAUGUCGAGUGUGGAUGAACAACAACAACAACGAAUACUCACACUUCGUGUGAUCAAGUCAUUCGAGUACAGAACCAUCAAGAAUAUAUUGUUACGCGAUGUUCCACUCUCGAUGACAGUUUCAGACUUCAAACAACAUGUUAGAGAUAAGAUAAAGACAACAGCAGGAUUCGUACCAUUUCGCAAUGUUGAGUUGGACACGAUGAAGAUAUACUUCAUACCUCAUGUACAACAAAAGCCCAACAACUUGACUAUCAACUUGGACAAUGAUGAUAAUUAUAUUCUCAAGGAUGAUUUGACAUUGGAACAACAAGGUGUUGUCAACGAGACUGAGUUAUCAUUCUUUAAACUUGCCGACUAUGAAUCAUUCAAGAAGAACCCUGUAGACAAAUGGUAG